GGGGCUGGGCGUCUUUGCCCAGGCCACCUCGUGCUCGUCGCCUGUCCAUCGUCGCCUGUCCAUAUAUGACCAAUCCCUUCUCGACCACGGGUGCCCGACAGUUUGGCGCGGCGCCGCUGUGGGGCGCUUCCGCUGCGGAUGCACUGCAGCCGCCGCUGCGUCUCACCGUCAUGACUGGGGCUCUUUUUGGGGCGGCGCGAGCCUCUGUGGAGGUCGAGAUCGCCCGGUCGGCGACUGUGGGCGAGCUGCUGCGCAGGGUGAUGGCACUCGCACAGCUGGCGCCGCCCGCCGACCCGGCCAUCCUCGAGGGCUCCCUCCGCCUCCUUUGCGCUGGAGACGACCUCACGGCACACCGGACUCGAACAAUCGGCGAGGCAACGGACGGCGCCGUCCUCCUGCACCUGAUCGCCCCGGGUGGACUACCCUCGUCCGUCUUUGCCACCACGUGCGCCAAUCCCGCCCGCAGUGCCGCCGCCAACGCCGCCGCGGCCGCGGCAGAACAGCGGGCCGCAAAGGCUGCGGCGACUGCGCCUGCACAAGCACCGUCAGCACCGGCGGCGGUCUCGGCCUCGCGGGCGGGCGGCGAGGCGGGGGUGCUCAAGGUGCGCUUCGCGGCUCGCGAGGUGCGAGUCCAGUACGACCCGGCGAUGACCGCCUCGCGUCUCAAGUCGGAGAUUGCAACGGCGGACGGCACCGCGGUCGCGGGCGGCUUGCGCCUCUUCUUCUCGGGGCAGGAGCUCAUCGACGCGCUGCCGCUGCACUCGCAGCGGGGCAGGCUCGCGGCCGGGGCGGUGAUCACCGCGCACAUGGUCGACCCUACGCACACGCCGAGCAAGGAGCGCCUUGCGCCGGCGCGGUCGCACGUGGCGGGGGGCGACGCGCGGACGAUGCGAUUCGUCGGCUUGCGCAACCAGGGCAACACCUGCUACCUCAACUCACUCGUGCAGUGCCUCUACAUGACGCCAGAGCUGCGCCGCGGUCUGAGCGCACUCCGCUCCACGCCUGCCGCCGCCGGCGCGGUGGGCGGCGCGCUCUCGUCUCUCUUCUCGUCCCUCUCCUCGGCGUCCGCGGCCGUCGGAACAGAGACCCUCACCCGCGCGCUCACCAGCGCGCUGGUUGGCGGCUGCGCCUCGCGGCAGGAGGACGUGCACGAGUUCUGGCAGGUGCUGACGGACAAGCUCGAGACGGAGCUCAAGAGCACGCCCCAGGCGGAGCUGCUGCCCUCACUCUUCCGCGGCACGCAGCGCUGCUUUGUGCGGUGCAGCCGCUGCGGCAACGUCACCCACACCGUCGCCGCCACGCCCGCCGCCGCCGCGCCCGCCGCCGCCAGCAGCUGCGGAGAUGGCAGCUGCUCGUCCCGGCUGGAUUCGUCCCCGACAAAGCGGCUCCGGCUGACGCCGGACUCUGAGGCCCCGGCGAUGGCGCUUGGUGCGGCGGGCUCUUCAGUUGCUGAUGACAGCGACGAUAACCCGUACACGAGGAUGGGAUUCUGAGCGCCAGAGCGGUCGAACGCGAGGUCGAGCUGCAGGAUGUAUUCUGUUUAGAGAACGCUACGGUGUGCCGUGGCAUCGUCUCUCGUGCGAGGUGCGCGAUCGAUUGGAGAAGUGAUUGGAGGUGACGACGGAGCCACGUGUGAGACGUGCACGGGCGGGGUAGAUGUGCGGGCCCGCGCCCGAGAAAUUAUGUAAGAAGUGGAA